AUGGAGAGUAUGGAUAUUUCGUACUGCGAUGAUAAACUUGGCGAAAUAUCUGGUAUGAUGUGUGAUGAAGAACAACAUGAAUGCUAUGAAGGUCAAAACAUUGCAGCCCUACAAGUUUCCCACAAAGUCCUGGUCAAUGAACUCGAUUCCCAAAAUGGCUCAACCAUUGUAACAGAACAGCAAUCUAGUAGUCCAGAAAUGAAUAUUCCGCCAGUUCCGAGCAGCAAUUUCCCGGCGGAAACUAGUGAAAGUGCUACGGAACCUAAUCGUUUUCCGCUGCAAGAUACAAAAGAUUGCAAUCAGUUCAACGUUAUUCAAAGGAGUAUUAGUUCAAUCGAACGUUUGAAAGGAAAUUUAAUGAACACUACAAACCUUGAAUUCUGUGGAUCAGACAAGGAAAACAUCUCUACGGAAACAUGUAACACCCGGUUAAGUGAAUUUCCCACAGAAACAAAAAGCCAAGGAUGUAGCUUUCCACUGGACGACAUGACAAAAUUUGUAUCAGCUCGUUCAUCUCUUGAACACUCUUCACUUUCUGAAGAACAUUUUACACCAGCUAUUGAAUACCAUUUUUCGGCGGCUGAUUUUGAUUGUUUACUGUCUCGGGGUUGCUCGCAGUCUACUUCAAGCUCGGUACAAUCAACUACAGGUUAUGCAUCAUCCCCCUCAAUUGCGAAUCUUCCAAGAAACUCUGUGCUGGCCAAUUUUGACCCACUUUUACGUCGUCAAACUAUUGUAAAGGCGGAAAAUAAAGGUACCACUGAAAACUUCGGAGGUGACCCAUCUGCUGCGUGUCUAGCUUUAGUUAGUUUUUCACAAGAGCAGGCAAUUAUCGGAAGUACUUUGAACACACCAGUGUCCAGCAACAUUAGCAACGACCGUUCCGAACAACAGCUGCAAGACAGUACGUUACUUCUGUUGAAUACUUUAGAUUCUUCAUUGACACCGCAAUUGCAAAACAGUCUCUCCACUUCCAAGGACAAGCAACACCAAGAAGAAACUUCUUGUUUUAUACUUGAAACAACCGUAGUUUCAAAUGAUUACGGAAGUCAGGAUAAUAUUGAAUGCUCUUUAGACAAAACUUUAACUAAAGAGGAAAACGAAACUAGCAAUUCCUCAAAAUCUACGGAACAUCUUUUGUUUUCAACCAGCUCUAUAGUACAAGAAGUUUUAGACUGUAAAAAAGGUGAACACAUUGAACCACUUGUGGAAAUUUUGAACUCUGAUGUAGAUGUUGUUCAAUUGGCGCAAGCCAACGUAGACCCCGAAGAAUUGUCAGAGUUGAAUUUGGACUUUGGCAUCCCAUCGCUUGAAGACUUGACUGUUGAACAACUACAAGAACCGGUCGUCAAAGUUUCAUUACCUGUAAAGCAAGCAGUAUUGGAAGUGACUACAGAGCCGACAGUAGAUUUAAGCAGUACUGUCAUUUUCGCAAGCGCAUCUGAUACUCAUCAUGGUAUAACGUUCCAUGACGGAAAUAUGAUUGCCGAAACGCACCCCGAAAAACAAAACAUUUCCGUAUUGAAAAUGAGCGAGGAUCGAUCAAUCCCAAACGAGGAAGGUUAUGUUGAAGUUGGAAAAAAAUGUAAACCUGAAGAAGUAAAUAUUGCAGAUAUAGAGAAAAAGAUGCAUGACGUUGAACUCAGGGAAGAAGGCAUGUUAAAGCGGAUCACAGAAAAAGAUAAAACGAUUUCCAAAAUGAGCAACGUGGUUGAGGCAUACGAGCGAACCAUAGCAGAGUUAAUAUCGGAAAAGGAAAUUUUAAUCCGCAAUCAUGAAGUUGAAUGCGAAAGUCUUAAACAAGACAAUGAAAUCAACGCACAACAUUUGGAGUCAUUGGAGAAAACCUUUUCAAAUUUGUAUGCAAAAUAUGAGCGUAUGAAAAAGAACGCAAUUAAAUACAAAGAAAACGAAGAUAAGCUAUUAGAAAAGGUUUUGAAACUAGAAGAAUGUCUUAGAGCGCAAGAGCAGCGAUAUGAAAAAAUGAAAAGUCAUGCUAUGAGUCAACUGGAAAUCGCAAACACCAAAAUAGAUGAAGCGCUCCGCAACCAUUCCCAGGAAUCAGCAAAGUUAAAGGCUCAGAUAAAGAAAGAGGAACUAUACCGAAUUUCAAUCAACGAGCAAUUGAUUCAAAAAUCAAAAGAAAACGAAGAGUUGGUAAAGAUUUGCGACGAGCUAAUCAGUGAAACUAAUUAA